UGCUUCAUCAACUUCUUUUCCUUUUUUCUUUACUCAUUCCCUACAAUUGUCUCAUUUGCUCUUCUGAUAUGUCAGGUGGCGCAGCAGUACACAGAGGUCAGCUACAUGAAUCGAGAGCAGUUCAGUAAAAUGUUUGAUGAACUGGAUAAAGAUUGCAUCAAGGAGCACCCUCCUUUACCUCAGUACAGAUCUCCAGCCCUGCAGAGACUCCAGGUGAUCUUCAGUCACUACUAUCUCACUAUACUUGGCAACGCGGUGGCCCUGGCCAAUGUUGUGUGCAUAUGUACUAUCUUGGUGUUGAAUUCCGAAAAGUCCACAGCAGAGAGAGACAACUUCAUUUUGGAGAUCAUCAACCUGUGCUUCAUCCUCUACUACCUGUUUGAAAUGUGUGUGAAGAUCUUUGCCUUCGGCUGGAUAGGAUACCUGUCCUACAGAAACAACAUCUUUGAUGGCUUCCUCACCAUCCUGUUAUUGGCCCUACAGAUCACCAUAUUCAUCACCUACAGGCUUCCUUAUUCCCAGUGGGAUCCCUCCACCCAUGGUGUGAUGUCUCUAUGGGAGAUGGUUCGUUUGGUUAACAUGCUGAUUGUGUUCCGUUUCCUGCGCAUCAUCCCUGAUAUCAAGCUCAUGGCUUUGGUUGCAAGUACACUGUUGGAUCUGGUUAAAAACCUCCGAGCGUUUGCAGGGAUACUAGUGGUGGUGUACUAUGUGUUUGCUGUGUUUGGGAUCUGGCUGUUUGAAGGUGCCAUUAAACCUCCUCCAGGCACGAGUGUGCUCUCCAAUACUUCUAUGCAGAACAUCACCACUAACUUUAGCAUGGAGUGUGGCACCUAUGAACAGCUGGGCUACUGGCCAAACAACUUUGACGACUUUGCUGCAGCCAUUAUUUUGCUCUAUGACGUCAUGAUAGUGAACAACUGGCAAGCCUUCAUGGACGCAUACAGCAGAUACACCACAGAGUGGUCCAAGAUCUACUUUGUAUGUUGGUGGCUCACCUCCUCUGUCAUGUGGGUCAACUUGUUUGUGGCGCUCAUCUUGGAGAACUUCAUCUACAAGUGGGAUCGCAGUCACAGCUGCUCUGUUACAGAUGUGGAUAGGAUAAGAUAUGAAACCUCGGUUCAGUUUAUGUUCAGGGAGCAGGUCCAAGAGCCAACAGAAGAGGAAUUAGUUUGUCAGCUACACCAGCACCCCCACUUACACCUUCAGUGGUGACACACCGAUCUACAACACAGAGUUAGGACACUGCUACUGAAGUGUAGCACAGGAGCACUGAAGGGUCAAUAUUCAAGCUUUCUACUACUAGGUUAUUUUAGGUAUGUUUUAUUGUAAUUCCUUUUACUGAAACAAGUAGAAAGGACAUUUUAUUUUAUUAUUUGUCUUUUUGUUUGUGAGUAAAACCACUGUGAGCUACAGAUUCAUUUGUACAGAGAUUGCCAAAAUACUCUAUAGCAUCUAUUAGAGUAUUUGCAGUUAGUCUACAAUCAAAUCAAACCUUAAAUAAAUCUAACAAAAGCUCCUGCCAAUUUCACAUUUGGAAACAGCCAAAAGAAACUUCCAGAUGUUACUUGAUUUAGUUUUUUGUUUUCAAGGCUAUUGCACGACUGUCAGCAAAACCUAAACUUCACUGUAGAGGUGAAAAAAAAAGUGACAUCAGAAUGUAGUGUUGGGAAAAUCCCUCAGAGAAGCCUUGUACGGUUGUACAAAUUGCACUUUCUCCAGCGCUGUAAUUGUAAUGAUGAAUUUAAGGAUUGUCACCAGCUUUUUAGAAAAACUUGUGCUGACUUGUUCUCCUGGAACAAAUUUAAGUUGUGAGCAAAGCUGUGAGUGUGAAAAUAUUAGCAUCACAGAAGAGGACAGUUCUGUGGCCAAACUGCAGUCAUAUUAUCAGGGCAAAACCAACCUCUUCCUCUGCAGGGGCAGCAGGGAAUUUUGUGGGAACUACCUUAUUAACAAACAAAUUUCAUGGUUUCAGGCAUGUUUCAGAACAUGACCUGUCCUGAUCUGUUCUAACAACCUGACAGUCACAUCCAGAUUCACACAUAGUUCAGCAUGUGUGAUUAAUUGUAGCAGCCCACUUCUAUCAGGCAGGAUUGUCCUGAUGGUUGAAGCUUGUCACCAAGUAUUACAAGGAAACAAGGAAUACUAUUUUACUGGUAUCCUACACUGAUUUCCCCUUAAUGUUGCCCCUCCCCGCCAGCAAUGACAAAGAUCAAAUACAAAAUACUAUCCAGCCCAAACCAGUGAACUCAAUUAUUCUAAGUGUGUCAAAUUGCUGCCAGUCUCUGUCCUUAAAGCUUUGGCCUGUUCUACUAAGCAUUAUGACGAGCAGCCUGCAACAUAAGACUCCUUCAUAGGAUUCAAACCAAAGUGGAUGCAGUCAGUGGAAACACUUUCCUGUUUGAAAGGGAUGGAGUUCCGAAGUGUUUUGCAGUGAAUGACUGUUUGACUCUGUGUUUGCAGGAUAUCAGCAGUGAUGAUAAGGUUGUUCAUGUCUGCUUUAUUAAGUCUGCCUUCAAAUGUCACAGGUGCCAAAGAUAAAUAUGGAUGUUAUGCAGCAGUUCCAUGAAAUGUCCAUAAUACUCAGUUUUUUCAAUUAUAAAUUUUACUUUUCUCUAGAACCCUCAAAAACCAGUCCCUGAUUUCUUAACGGCCUAUGAGCUGAUGAUACUUUUUGAGACAACCUGCUGAGGCUUGCGGCUGCUUGCUGAAUUACCAUCCAUCUACAAGAUGGAGAAUUUAAGGUAGUAAAUAGUAUUAAUAUAUGAACCCAUGUUAGGUAUUUGUACAAUGGCAUCUGCUUCGAAAUCUGCGCAUUGAGACAUGUUGAUGUGUUGUCAGUUGGUAAAAAGGGAAAAGGUUACUCCUUGGGACUGAGCCCUUGUGUUAUUUAAAGGAGAAGACACAGUGUGCCUUGGCAUUUUUAAAAACACAGUUUGAUUUAUUUUAUUUGUAGAAAAGGUUUUUAUAGAAAGUAUGGUUGAUUUUUAAAGACACAGAAAACAAGCCAGAAAAACCAUUCAGAACUAAUGUGAAAUAAAUAUUUUGUAUAAAUUCAAGACCUAUUUUUGUGAUUUUAUUGAUUUGUAUCUACAGAACAUCAACAUUUUGGCUUUAAAGUAGGAAACCAGCUGUGCAGGCAAUCCUCAGAGUUGCUGCAUUACCCCUUUCUCUGUCUGGGAAAUUUUCACUUCAUAGUUGGCACAGUUGAAUUGAUGAUCUGUAUUUCUGCUGGUUUAAGUCUUUGUAGUAGUUGUCUGAAAAAUGACUUGUUGACAGAGCAUCUUUUCAGUAAUUUGUGCAACACUGGUAUUCUCCAUGCUGAGAAGAAUUAACGUUGUCAUCAAAAAUAAAGGUGAUCAUGUAAGGAAUUUAAAAAAUAAAAGAUUUUAAUCUUGCUAA